UCAGCCUUACCGCGCCACACUGUAGGCUGUACCAUUGCCCACCCUCAGCUGAAUUUGUUCAGCCUUCUUGCAAAUGCACUACGGAAUCAUCUCACAGCACUGGCAUUGUCCUGACUUUCGAUGCGAUCUUUCAGACCGACGUUCUCAGACGACCGAGUUGCCAUGUUUCUCUCCUCAGCUAGGCUGCCGCGUUGAGCCUCCGAAACCCUAUUCCUACUAUAUGUGUCUGGCACAGCUUCCUGCGUAGCAAUGCGUCUUUUGCUACGCAGCAACACUGGAAAGUUUACCCUCACGAAAGACUUAAUUGGCGACGAUUCAAUCCCUCCCUAUACCAUACUUUCGCACACAUGGGGACCAGAUGAGGAGGAGAUUAACACCUAUUAUAUCAAGGAGGAGAACGACGCCGAAAUCUCACGCUCUAUCAACUCCAUGUUUCGCUGGUACCGCAAUGCGACUCGAUGCUACGUAUAUUUAUCGGAUGAAUCAGAUUUCUGGAAAAGCAGAUGGUUUACUCGGGGCUGGACGCUCCAAAAGCUCCUCGCCCCAGCUUCGGUCGAAUUCUUCUCCAGGGAACGCCAGCGACUGGGUGACAAGAGUUCUCUAAGGCAACAAAUCUACGAGAUAACUAAUAUCUCUCACGCUGCGCUUCAAGGAUACCCUUUAUCUCAAUCCAGCGUCGAGGAGCGAUUGCGGUGGACGGAACACCGCCGGACCAAGCUAGAAGAAGAUAAAGCGUACUCAUUACUAGGGAUUUUCGACGUCUACAUACUCCCUACUUAUGGCGAGGGGAUGGCGAGCGCACUCGCUCGGCUCCUGGACGGGUUCCACAAGGUGCAGAAAUGUAUCAAAGACUUACGUCUCACUGAUCCCCGUGAUGACAAGAACCGUAUCGAGAACACAAAGGGCGGACUGCUGGAGGGCUCGUACCGCUGGAUCCUCGGAAACUCCGCCUUCCGACGAUGGCGCGAUGACCAGCAGAGCCGACUGCAAGCAUUGCUAUGA